AGGAUGCCCCUCAAAAGGUUUCGACCAAGAUGCGUGUAACGCCUGCUCCAUGUCAACGGAAGAUGGCGCCCCAUCAUUCCUCUCAUCCGAUCACAGAGAUUGUGACAUGAAGUGUUCCUUGAGUGGUGCUGUCAUUGACAACUGUGAUAUAUGUGCGGGGAAUCAUACUGACUGCAUGAUCGUUGUGACCAUAAAGCCGUCAGCUGUACCUGAAAACAUGGAUUACAACAUAACGGUGCAUGGAGCCGGGUUUCACCAACAUCCGACACCCGUCUGUCUAUACACCCGGGUAUCCGACUCCGAGGAAUUCAAUGCAACCAUGAAGGUUAUGGACCCAUCCAUGGGAUAUUGUCGGGCUAACUUAGAGCCUGGUAGGAAUUGAUGAUAAUAAUAAUAAUAAUAAUAAUAGGCAUUUAUAUAGCGCCAUCUAUCUAGAAAUAUUAUAUUCCGAGGCGCACAAGAAAAGAAAGAAAGUUUGGAUGAGUGUCAAAGUGCCAAUAACUAAUACCGUUAGAAAAGAUAAGACUUCAGUUUAGAUUUGAAGGUCUCCAGUGAUGGUAUCAUUCUUAAAUAUAACGGCAAAUUAUUCCAGAGAGAAGGUGCUGAGGCAGAGAAAGCUCUGAUUGAUGAUCAGAAAUAAUGAUGAUGAUGGUGAUGGUGGUGGUAGCGGUGGUGGUGGUGGUAGUAGUGGUGGUCAUAAUGAUGGUUUUAGUUGUGAUGUUGUGACAGUGUAUAUAUUAUCUAUCUAUUAUUAUAUAUUAUCCUGUAUAAAGAUUUUAGAUAGAUAGAUAAAUAAAUAAAUAAAUGGCGGUCGUGGUUAUGAUUAUGAUGAGGCGGUGGAGGAGAAAGUUAAUGGUGGCGUUGAAAGUGGUUGUGGUGGUAAUGAUGAUAGAAGUAAUGAUGAUGCUGAUACUGAUGAAGAUGAUGAUUGUGGUGAUGGUGGUAUUAAUGGUGGUGAUGACGAUGAUGAUUAUGAUGAAGAUGAUAGUAGUAGUGAUGAUGAUGCUGAUAAGGAUGAUGCUGAUGAUAAUGGUAAUGAUGACAAUGAUGUCGAUGACGACAAUGCAUUUUAAGGUGGCUGUGGUGUUGAUGAUAUUGGUGAUGAUUAUGAUGAUGCUAGUAAUGAUGUGGUGGUAAUGAUGAUGAUGAUGAUAAUGACUAUUAUGACGAUGAUGAUGAUGCUGAUAAGAAUAAUGAUGAUGCUGGUAAUGAUGAUGAUGGUGGUGGUGGUGGUGGGGAUCGGGCCCUGGGGAUGAUGAUAAUGAUAAUGGCGAUGAUAAUGAUGACGAUGAUGCUGAUAAAAAUGAUACUAGCAAUGAUGAUGAUGAUGAUAAUGAUGGUAAUGAUGAUGAUUAUAAUGAUAAAGAUGACGACGACGAUGAUUCAUUGAUUGAUGGUAAUGCUGAAGGUGAGUGGUGACCAUUUCUUCAAAAAGGGCCGGGCACAAGGGGUUGCUUUGAAACGUAGCAAACGCAAUCCCCAUUGUACGCGCUAUUGAUUGGUGGGGAAAUAAGUUUGAUUUUGAGUUACGGUCAAAUAGAGUUCUUUGUGCAAAGGUCAUCAGUAGGAUUCUUAUAUUUAAACUAAAUAUUUCAUGACAAAUACAAUCUUUGAAACGAACAAACCAAAUAGCUUGUUAACAAACAUGUUUAAAACAUUUUUUCGUUAGUUUAAAUAUCAUCGGCGAAACAUUAUAAUAGAUUUCUAAUGAUCUGCAGGCUCUAGUAGACCUAGUCUGCUAUGCAGACUCCUUGAAUCAGCUGUGAUACACACACUGCAGAUGUGGGUCUACAGUUGUAGACUAGGAUUGACCUACUGCCUACCACCGGGUCCGGAUACUACGCCAUAACUUUUUACGACCCCCCUCCUCAGCUUGACAUGGCUACGCUUUCUUUCAAACCAACAGGUAAACUGAGGAUGAUGAUGGUAACGAUGGUGGUGAUGACGAUGAUGGUGGUGGUGGUGGUGGCGAUGGUGAUGAUGAUGGUGGUGAUGACGAUGAUGGUGCUGAUUGUGGUGAUAAUGGUGAUGGUGAUGGUGUGGUGGUAGUGAUGAUGAUCCUGAUAAUAAUUAUGACUGAUCAUGGUGAUGAUGGUGACGGUAGUGGUGGUGAAGAUGACGAUGGUAAUGAUGAUGAUGAUUUAUGAUGACAGUGAAAACGAUGAUGAUGGAAAUGAGGAAGAUUAUGGGGAUGAUAGUUUAUGCUGAUGAUGCUCAGGAAAUAAUUUUGUUGAUGAUGAUAAAGAAGAUGAUAACGAGGAGGAAGAUGUUGAUAAUAAUGAUUAUGACGACGAUGAUGAUGACGAUAACGGUAA